ACACGACGGUUUAGUUCUCUACGUAGUGGCCUUGCGGAUAUACCGAGGAACAGUUUGGGAUUUAACCGCUCUCAGAGGGAGGGGGAACAGAACCGUGAAUCCAAGAUGGCGGACGAGCAGCAGGAAACAGCACAGGGAGAGAUGGAGGGAGUGAACUGCCUGGCCUAUGAUGAGGCCAUUAUGGCACAGCAAGACCGAAUUCAACAGGAAAUAGCCAUCAGUAUCCCCUUAGUGUCUGACAGACAAGAUCUCUCUGUGCUACAGAGCGAGUAUGCCGAAGAAGACACAAUUUAUCAACUCAAGAUCAAGGAUCUGCAUAAAAAAUAUUCAUGUAUCCGGAAGACACGACCCGAUGGAAAUUGUUUCUACAGAGCUUUCGGCUUUUCACAUUUGGAGUCACUACUGGAUGAUGGCAAAGAGUUACAGAAGUUUAAGGCAGUGGCAGCAAAGAGCAAACUGGAUCUAGUGAACCAGGGUUUUACCGAGUUCACCAUUGAAGACUUUCACAAUACAUUCAUGGACCUGAUUGAGCUGUGUGAGAAGCAGCCUGCCCUCGGGGAGCUGCUGAACUCCUUUAAUGACCAGAGUGUGUCAGACUAUGUGGUGGUUUACCUACGGCUUCUCACCUCUGGCUAUCUGCAGAGAGAGCAUGUCUUUUUCCAGCACUUCAUAGAAGGAGGACGUUCGGUCAAAGAAUUCUGCCAGCAGGAGGUGGAGCCAAUGUCCAAAGAAAGCGACCAUAUCCACAUCAUAGCCUUAGCACAGGCAUUGAAUGUGUCCAUACUGGUGGAAUACAUGGACCGAGGGGAGGGUGGCACAGUUAACCACCACAUUUUCCCAGAGGGCAGUGAGCCACGCAUCUUUCUUCUCUAUCGACCAGGUCAUUAUGACAUCCUGUACAAAUAAAGGUGCAACGUCAGUACCAUGGUGGAGAAUACACCGGAGAAAUGCCCAUGAUGCAUCUCUGUGUGAGUUGGACACCAUGUUAUUGCAAAAUGUGUACAAUGAACAUCAAAACGUUUCCUCCUAUUAUGAAGACCCCUAAUGAAGUAAUGAGUAAAAGUAAGACGUGAUGCAACAUUAGGGUUGUACAGGGUUUUUUGGUUUUUUUGUGGUUGUUUUCUGUUGUGGUUGUAAAUGUUCUCAACUUGCUUUUAGUUACUGUUCUCCUUUUGUUUGUUAAUGCUGCAUUUCAUGAGUUUUAUUAAAGGGAUUUUCACCUUA